GGGCGGUUGAGUGCGGGGGAGGGGAUACUGUCCGCUAAUAUCUCCGAUAUCCGGUGACAGUUCAAUCGCCGCCUCUGGGCCAGGCACAAUAUUUUUUGUUUGGGAAUGAUGGGGUGGUUUAUCCCAUUGGGGAGGAUUGUUUGUGAUGAUUCAAAACAUCUCGUCUCCCCAACUCCCGUCUUGACAUCACUAAACAUCAUACUACGGACCAGUGCCGUUGAAGGUCACAAAGUAUCACCACUAAGAUGGUCAGUGACGGCGGCCAUGGCGGCGAGUAUCGCCAAUACCUCCCAGACCUAAGCAUCCCACGCUUCACAACUAUGCAAAAGCAGGAUGCCCAUGAAUACGCAAAAGAGUUCAUCGAGGGAGGAAAUCCUCCAUGGCUACACGGCCUCUACUUGCACUGGAGAAAGCUCUUCCAAGAUCCCUUCAAGGGAAUCACCAACGACGGAACCGUCCGUCCCAACCUCUUCACCCUCCAAGACGAGGGCAUGCCCAUUGACUCCAUCGUCUCCGCCACCAACAAGCUCCUUUCCCUCCUCACCCCCCAACAGCGCUCGGCAGUGACCUACCACAUCGACUCCCCCGAAUGGCGCACCUGGUCCAACCCCGAAUUCCUGCUCAGCAACAAGGGCAUCCGUCUCGACGAGGUCCCUUCCUCCACCCGUGACGCCGUCCUCGCCGUCCUCCAAUCCACCCUCUCACCCGAAGGCUACGCCAAAGCCCUCGGCGCCAUGCGCAUCAACGGCUUCCUGGGGGACCUGGUCCAAGCCCCGCGCGUCUGCAACGAGUUCAGUUACAACUUUGUCCUCUUUGGCUCCGGCCCUUCCACCACCCAACCCUGGGGCUUUUCGUUUUAUGGCCACCACCUUUGUCUGAACGUGUUCCUGUACAAAACCCAAGUGGUCAUCUCGCCCUGGUUCACCGGCGCCGAGCCGAACCUGAUCGACGACGCCGGCAGCCCUUAUGCGGGCACCCGCAUCCUCCAGGAGGAAGAGAAGUUGGGCUUGCAACUGAUGCAAUCCCUCUCGGCCGCGCAGCAGGCAAAAGCCCAGGUGUACAAGCUCCUGCGCGACGACCCGGCCAUGCCCAAGGGUCGGUGGAACCACGACGACCAGCGACACUUGUGCGGCGCGUACCGGGACAACCGGGUGGUUCCGUACGAGGGGGUUUCCGUCGCCGAGUUCACUCGUGAGCAAAAAAGGUUAGUAGAAAACAUAUUGGAGCAGUACCUGCUUUAUCUGCCUAAGCAAGCGAGGGAGAUCCGCUUAGGCCAGAUUAGGGAGUGGUUCGAUAAGGGGGAGACGUAUUUCUGCUGGAUUGGCGGGUUUGGUGAUGACGAUGCGUUUUAUUAUCGGAUUCAGAACCCGGUGGUGAUUGUCGAGUUUGAUCACCAUAGUGGUGUGUUCUUGACGAAUAAGGAGCCGGCCAAGUUUCAUGUUCAUACGCUGUUGAGGACGCCGAAUGCGGGCGAUUAUGGGAUGGCGUUGAGGGGGCUGUUGGAAGGGGAGAAGCAGGAGUAUGUGUGGGAGGGAUAAUGCUGUUGUUGGCAUCUGGUGGCUACAUGAUGUUUUGCCUGGGUUUAAAAUCUGUAUCGGUGUCGGCGUGCAAUAACGGAGAAUGGGAAAGAACAACUUCCAUGCAAGUGGCAUCAACCGUCUUCUGCUCGUCAUGCGCACAACCGAGGAGGGUACUUGCCUUUUCAAACAUGGGUAGUGGGGACGACAAGAAUUGGGCAAGGGAGGAAUGAAGGAAGGUGCACCUCACCACCAUGGCGCACCUGCCAUAUGUAUCGUCAGUUAGCAGCCAGAGUCGCAACUUCCUAAUCAAAGCUUUCACUGGAAA